CUUCUCUUCAUUUAAGUCUUCCCCAUCUUUCAAUCUCUCUGUUAUUUCUCGCGAUUGAAUUGAAUUUAGGGGCAGAGCGAUCAUGGUUUCUAAAUCAACCGACUGUUCAUCUAAACUCAGACAGCUAUGGAUGUUAUCAUUAUCUGUACUUUAUUACGUUGACAGAAAUUGCAAGCAGAACAGGCAAGUGAUGUUUUUGGGACUUUAACGCAUAAAAUACAACUACUAAAAAAGCAGAUUCAAGCAGACAGAGUUGUUUCAGUUAGAGAAAAACUCGAAGAGAACAGAAAGAAUCUAGAAGGUCAUGUAUCUCUGUUUUUGUCAGUGGCAACAUCAAGAAAUGAUGUUUCAGUUAUGGAGGCCAAUGGUCAAGGCAAAAUGCUUUCUUCAAGAAUUAAAACUCCUCCCUGCAAGUUUAGUGGAUUUGCUCAAGGAUCAGGGGACAAAGACUACACUAUCAUUCAUGAAGUAGUAUUCUCAACAAGUGUGAAGCUUCCACAUAUUGAUAAGAUACCACCAUAUACUACUUGGAUUUUUUUGGACAGGAAUCAGAGAAUGGCUGAAGAUCAGUCGGUGGUUGGAAGGAGACGUAUUUAUUAUGAUCCACAUGGCAGUGAAGCAUUAAUCUGCAGUGAUAGUGAGGAAGAGAUUGCAGAACCAGAGGAAGAGAAACGUGAAUUUUCCGAGGGGGAAGAUCGUAUCCUAUGGAUGGCCUUCGAGGAGCAUGGGCUGAAUGAGGAAGUACUCAACAUUGUCAGUCAACAUAUUGGAGGUACCACUUCAGAGAUCCAGGAGCGCUGUAACAUGCUCAAGGAAAAAAAUCAGGUGAAACAUGAGCAAAACUUCAGAGGUUGCAAAGCAACUGGAUCAGAAAAGAACAAUCUUCUGGAAAAAAGCCUAAGUGCUGCUUUAGAUUCUUUUGACAAUCUGUUUUGUCGUCGGUGUUUGGUAUUUGACUGCCGUCUGCAUGGUUGUUCUCAAAGUCUAAUUAACCCUAUCGAAAGGCAGUCGUAUUCUUCUGAAUCUGAUGAUGAUGGGAACCCCUGCAGUGAUCAGUGUUACCUAAGGUUAAAAGUUGUCAAAGACUUGCCAGAAAGUUCAUCUGUCAAUGCUUUGCGUAGAAUUGAAAAUAAAAGUUCAGAUGAGGAAGGCACGACUCCAGCAUCCCCUGGUACUGAACACACAGUAAUGCAUAAUGAAAUGGGGAAGCGCAAGAUCCCAAAGCCCACAAAUACAGUGCCAGAAAACUUAACAUUGGUUUCAGAUGAUAUCCAGGGUUCUAGUAAAAAACAGAAAAGAUUAUCAGCUCAGAAUGCAGUUCCUGUGGCCUGUGAUGGAAUUCUAACUGCAGGUUCCAGUUCAAGUGGAGAAGGCAGAGACAUCGAAUUCGGUGCACCUGAUAAAAAUGUCCUUGUGCCCACCAAAGAUGAAGUGGGUAUAUUGACUGAUCCUGCUUCAGACAAAUUCAGCCGUCCGCUGGGUGUUUCUGGGCAUGGGAUUGAGGACAGUGCCCAAUAUGAAGGGAAAGGUAUUAGCCACAGUGCAGAAGUUUGUGUCUUGAAGGAGUCAUCCAAUUCCAUGAAAGGACAAGUUAAAGGGGUUCUAAGAAACAGUGAGUGGAAACCUCUUGAGAAAGAUCUAUACUUGAAGGGAAUAGAGAUAUUUGGGAGAAACAGUUGCCUCAUAGCCAGGAACUUGCUUUCUGGCUUGAAGACUUGCAUAGAGGUGUCCAGUUACAUGUAUGAUGAUGGAGCUGCAAUGCCUCACGGAGCUAUUGAUAUGCCAAGUUCAUUUUCAGAAGACAACAAGAAAGUUGAUGCAGAUUUUAUGGAACGAGAGAUGCCAACAAGGUCACGGUUACUUCGUAGAAGGGGCAGAACACGGAAGCUUAAAUAUUCUUGGAAGUCUGCUGGGCAUCCAUCAAUGUGGAAAAGAAUUGCAGAUGGGAAAAACCAGUCUUGUAAGCAAUUUCAACCAUGUGGAUGCCAGUCUAUGUGUGGAAAGCAAUGCCCUUGUCUACAUAAUGGAACUUGCUGUGAAAAGUAUUGUGGGUGUUCCAAAAGCUGCAAAAACCGGUUCAGGGGAUGUCACUGUGCAAAGAGUCAGUGCCGAAGCCGGCAAUGCCCAUGCUUUGCUGCUGGACGUGAAUGUGAUCCUGAUGUUUGUCGAAAUUGUUGGGUUAGUUGUGGGGAUGGUUCAUUAGGUGAGCCACCCAGGCGAGGAGAUGGCCAAUGUGGAAAUAUGAGGCUCCUUCUAAGGCAACAACAAAGGAUCCUCUUGGCUAAAUCUGAGGUUGCUGGAUGGGGUGCAUUCUUAAAGAACCCUGUCAACAAAAAUGACUAUCUUGGAGAAUACACCGGUGAAUUGAUUUCACACCGAGAAGCAGAUAAGCGUGGGAAAAUUUAUGAUCGUGCAAACUCAUCUUUUCUUUUUGACUUGAAUGAUCAGUAUGUCCUUGAUGCAUACCGCAAAGGAGACAAGCUGAAAUUUGCGAACCAUUCAUCAAACCCCAACUGUUAUGCCAAGGUAAUGCUCGUGGCUGGUGAUCAUCGAGUUGGAAUUUUUGCCAAGGACCAUAUUGAUGCUAGUGAGGAGCUCUUCUAUGAUUAUCGUUACGGACCUGAUCAAGCACCAGCAUGGGCUCGAAAACCAGAGGGAUUGAAAGGAGAUGAUUCCUCAAUUUCUCAAGGUCGAGCAAAGAAACACCAAUCUCAUUGAUGAACCAUCUCAACAUUGCGUAUAGCUGUAGGUGUGUUUUCCUUACUAUUUUCAAAUUUUUCUAUCCAAGCUACACUGAUUUGAUAGAUACGGUUGUCAAUGUUGUGAGCCAACCCUUAUGAAAUGCGGUGGAGAAGUAUGUAUACAUGUAUGUGUGCCUUAAAAUAUUUGUAGAGGUCAAAACAAACACAUUGCUUGGCAAUAAGCUAGAAAGUUCUCUAGCUAUUUACUGAAAAUAUACAUAAAGAAUAAGAGAUUGAAAAUGCUGUUGCAGGAUA